UAUUUGCUCAUACAAAAUCCUUUUUGAUUAGUUGAUAACAUUGUUAUGUCACUCUUCAGUUUAUAAGACAAUUAUUAUUUAGUUCAACGUACCAACAAACACAAUCAUGAAGUUACCCCUGGUUCUUUUUUUAACGGUUUUAAUUGCUGUAGCAUCAGCAAAUUCCAGAAUUCAAAAACGAGACGACGAAGAAGAAGAUGAUACUUCGGUAUUAUUAUCUUCGAUAACUGCAGUUGUCAAUCUUGGAUUAACCACUGUAACUUCUUUAUUUGGUGGCGUCGGAAGUUUAAUAACAGGAACUUUAUGGAGCGUUAUAUCGAUAGCUGUAUAUCCAGUAACAGUAAUAAUAAACCUUGUAGGGUCACUGAUUAGUGGGACAGUUAUAGAGGCUCUAUGGAAUAUUGUAUUGGAAGUUGUAUCUUCGAUAACCGCUAUACUAAAUCUUGUAUUAACUGCUUUAUUGUCAUUACUUGGUACUGUAGCGUCUUUACUAAUAGGGAUCAUAUGGAGUGUUAUAUCGAUAAUUGCAUCUCCAGUAUCUAUCAUAUUAACAGCUAUAGUGACUUUAUUGGGCGCUGUGGGAACUUCGGUAGUCGGAAUCCUAUCGAGUAUUACAUCCAUAUUAGCUUCUCCAAUAACUGCUAUAGUAAACAUUGUAGGAACUGUAUGGGGUACUAUAACAUCAAUUGUAUCCUCACUAGUAAAUCUAGAAACGUUGAUUAGUAAUAUAGGAUCUGCUGUAACAAGUAUUAUAUCAAUAUUUUCAUCUUCAAUAUCUGCUUUAAUCAAUUUCGGAUUAACAAUUUUAGAAUCGGUUGUAGGUGUAUUAGAGUCUAUAGUAUCACUAGAUACUUUAGGGGAAAUUGUUUCGAUAUUGCUAUCUCCUGUAAUUGCUAUUGUGAGGAUCAUUGUUAAUGCAGGAUCUUUCGGUUUAGAAUUGAUUGUUAAAAGUUUAACGUUCAUAGAAAAGAUUUUAUAUUUCAUCGGUUACGGAACAUGGGAUUCUGAAGAAUGUUCGUGCUCUUAAUAUGAUAUGAUAAUAGUCACAUUAUUUGUAUAUUAAAGAAUUGCACUAAAUUAUA